AAAGUGCAUCUUCCUCAGGACAUACAGUCUUGGCACUGACCUUUAGUACUGCAUUUGUAACUAAAGCUGUGCAUUAAUGGAAAAUGGGAUUUCAAGUUGAGGAAAAAGUUGAUACCUUGGUACCUUCAGUCCUCAGCAGUGUGUCAGCAGGCAAAACCACGUAGCCUGCUUACCACCCCUCCUCCAGCUGAAGCAGCAUUAGCCUUAUCUUGUAGGUAGGUUUCUGUACUGUUUCUUCUUCCUGCUCACACUUCCUCUGCUGCAAUAGAGAAGUAGUUUCCAUCUUGAGAGAAAAAUGAUAGAGAAGAGCAGGGUGUGCUUCUAAGUGAUUUUGGGUGAAAUGUCUGCUUCCCUAACCAAGCUGAGAUGUGAGGGUGAAGCAUGCCCUGUUCUCAUUAGUGUCACUGAGGGUGGGAGCUGACAGUUUAGGGAUCUGCUUUGAGGUGUUACUGUGGGGUUCAUUGGUGUGUGAGUCUGACUUCUUGUGUGGUUUAAAAGAAGUCAGAAGGCAGCAACAAUACUCCCAAUUCCUUAUGGCACUCAGUGUAACUAAGGAAGCUGCUUCCUCUUUCCACUUGUAGGUUGGGAAGUGAUGUGAGUUAAGCCCCUGUGAUUUACACCACUAGUUUGUUUCCAGGUGGCAGUGUAAUACAGGCUGGGUUGGGGAUUUUAAGGAAGGACAUAAGAUUGUUCUUUAAGCUAUUAUCUUUCAGAAGUCUUUGGUGCUGAGAAUGAAUUCGGUUGCUGCUGCACAUAGGUGUGGCAAUGUCAUGUUGCUCUGUCUGGUUUUGGGGCUGUUUAUGUAGUGUUUCAUGGCAGCUUUUUCUUUGGUCUACCAGGUCUUGCUCUACAGGUGCCUGCCAUGUCCUGCAGCUUCCCCUGUGCAGCCAGAGGACGGGGAUGUGCCCCCAGAGCCAUCAGAGAGCAGGAGCCAACUGCAGCACUGGCAAGAGGCUUGUCCCUACCCUGCUCCCCCAGCCAGCACGGGUGACACAUAACUGUGUCACUGCCCAGGGCAGAUCUGGGCCCUGCAGCCCAGCUGGGUGUGCAGGGGUGCAACCCACAGCCACACAAACCCCACCUUGGGCACAGGGACCCUGCCAGGGCGGAGGGUGAGCUGCCGGCCACACCUCGUGUGGAGCUGCACGCUGGCAUCUGCCCCGGGAGGCUGGGCUGUAAUUACAGUGUGAAACUAGGUGGAAGUGUCUCGUCUUAAUUAAAAUGAGAUCUGGGUUCCAGAGCAGUGCCUGCUGACCCGUGUGAGUUAUCAGUGUGGAGAGGCGGCAGCCCGGGCCGUUGCUGUGGCUGGUGAGUCAGGCUCACUCUGGAGGAAACGCCAGCGGCUCCCGGCACUGCGGGUGCGCUCUGUCAGGAGGUGACGUGGCCCGAUGUUCUGCGCUCUGAAAGUGAAAUAAUGUGGGUUUGGGGUGUUUUUCAUAGCCACUUUUAUCUCUGCCUGGUCAAUGCAGCUGCGAGGAGCAGAGAAGGAGGACUCUGAGCUCGGUGCAGAGGUGCUGUCCUGGCAGCAGUGAGCUGGUGCGGCUGAGGGCAGAACUGAGCUGGGCUGGCCCUGCUGAUUGCAGGAUUGUAGGGGAUGAAACUUGUUCUCUAUGGAAACAAUGUAUUUAGAAUGGAAUCAGCUUCCUUGCCGCUGCUACUGUCCUUCAAAACAAGUUUUCUUCGAGUCCCUCCAAAGGCUCUGGAGCAAUAACUGCAAUAAUUGAUGGGAAAGAGUCUCUCAUGUUGUAGGAAUCUGUGAAAUAUUCACUCACAGGGGAGGCUUUGCUGCUUGUUUGGUUUGUGGCAUGUCUGUGCUCUUUGGUGUUCUGCUGGUUCAGUCUGAGUGUGCUGUGACAGCUCUCUUAGCAGUGCCUUACUUCCUCCUAAGCACAUUUCCAGUGAUUAGGCUUGCGUGGGAUUUGAGACUCAGCGACACUGCCAGUUAUGGAGUGACCUCAGUUGUUCUUCCCUGGGAAGAAAAAUCCUAACUGUAGCACUUCCCUCCUGGGGGCAUAUGGGCAAGGGUGUGUUAGAGAGGUGGAGGUGCUUGGACUUGCUUGGAAUCAGAUGCACCAGCGUUGUAGAAUAAUUUUGAAAUUGGACUUCUUGCAUGUAAAUAAAUAAGCAGACUAGAACUUAACUAACAAAGUUGAAAAAUGCUCAGACUUAUGAAAAGGAUUCAUAUUUCAUACAUUUGUGAGACUACAGUGUAACUUGUUUAGUCUUAAGGCUCAUGCUUCUACUAAAAGGUUUAAUUGGUUUGUAAGUGUAACUCAGUAAAGCAAACAAUCUUAGCUUUCUGGGAAAUUUCUGGCUUUCCCAGAAAUUAUUUUUCUCCUGCCACUAGGCUGACUAAUUCAUACAGUUUUAUGUCCUUAGAAGAUCUACCUUGACAUAACAUUUAAAUUAUUUGGUCAGCCUAGAAAAGAGAAAAUACACCUGAAGAGCUACUUGUUUUUUUUUUUUGGGAACUGGCAAGAUAGGAUGAUCAGUCAGUGGCUUGAGAUUCAUCCUACUGCUGGGACAGUUCUUAGACCUCUAUUCUUCAAAUUAAUGAUGAUUUUGUGAACUGUAACAGCCUGGCUUCUGUGGGAAAACAAGAAGAAUUUAACUGAAUUUUCAGAAAGCUGAUCUGUGUUGGAAAAGAGAGAAAGCUGCUCACAGAACACAUGUAAGUGCUGGAGCAAGUUGCAGCUCUGUGGGGUGGUGAGGGAUUUUCUAUGAUAUUGGAAUAUAUAUCCUCACUGCUGGAGGAAGGAGUGUGUGAGGAAAGUGUGGCUCCUGCCUCUGUGUGUUGGGCUGUCACGUGGGAUUUCUGAAGUCCCUUGCAGGGACCACAGUCACAUUACUGGUCUUGUCAUUAUUUUCCAUUUGGUGUUCCAGGAAUUAGCACAGCCUUGCCAAAUGCUCUGGGUCUAAUCUCAGUAAUGCAGAUGUUUUAAUAGGUUAGAAGAAAGAUUUUAACUGCUGGGCCUGCCCAUUAUCAGGCUGUGGUUAGAAGUGCUUGGGUGUCCAGCUGCAUUCCUUUCCUUUCAGCUGUCUCUGAAGUAGUUGUCAGCACAGGAUCAUCCAAAUGGCCCCCUCUUGGGACCCAGUUCAAUAAUCUGGAAAGGUUUUGUGAAUGUACCCCUGAGACCUUGGGACAGUCACAAUGUAGGAGUGUUUCCUGGUUUUGGAAAUGUGUCUGUCUUGUAGCUGCCACCACCUACCAGAAGGUCCUGGAAGAGAAGCCAUGAAGUGGGGAUCACCUUUGAUCACUACAAAAGUACCAAGCUCCCAGCUUCAGGUGGAUACUCUCUGUUCUCCUCCACUGCUGUGAAGAGUGGCUUUGACACAUCUUUCCCUCUGCUGUGAGCUGUAUUCCUGAAAUCUGGUGUGCCCUGGUAGGACUGAAGUGUGAUAAGGGUCUUUUGGGAAAGAAUAAAAAGAAAAGAAAAAGAGUGGGUUAGAGAGGCUACCUGGAAGGGAGGUGUUAAUAAAACUCAGGAUGAAGAUCCAGAUGGUGGAAUGGGUCUGAUCCAUUGGCCUGGAGGUACCUGGCCUGAUAAUUGGCCUGGAGAACAUGUGCUUUCUUUGUCUAGGUGUAAUUGAGGCUUACUCAUCCAGAGUCAUUUGUCUUGAGCCAAGAGGGAAACCACAUCUGUCAUGAAAAGAAGCAGUAUAGAUCCUUAGAACUCUAUCCUUCUCACUAGGAUUCACCUGGCAUUGCAGACUCCAUUUGGCAGCUUCCUCACAUGAAGCCAUUGGCUGUAGGAUCCUUCCUGAUGCUCAGCAACAACGUGUGAAAAAGUAAAGGACAGCAAAGAAUAAAGCUUGGAAACACAGCUGGUCCAUUCUGAAGUGGCUCUGCAUCAAUCAGCCCGACUGGAAGGUGCCCAGCUUCCAACAGCAUCUGUGGAGUCCAGGAUCAGUGCCCUGGCAUGCCAGGAGAGCCUGUAGCAGAGAGACUUUGCAUCCUCUGGGCUUUGGGGGCUCCUCUAUUGCACCCCCACACAUUCCUCCUGCCAGGCCAGUGUCCCCACUGUGCUCCCAGUGUGAAGCUGUGCCUAUGAUCUGAGAGUCACUCACAGGAGAGCUGCUCCUCUCCUUGUGCCUGUCAAUAUUUGACAGCACAAACAUUUUAAGCUGCAGAGGGAGAGUGCACUCAGCCCCCCCCAGAUGGUUUGUAUGUGAUGCUGCCCUUCUGUGACACAAAGAGCUCAGACCCCAGGGCCACGUGCAGAGCUGCAAAUUUGGUCCUUGACGUGGGGCUGGCACAGGGGGCACAGCCAUCCCCUCCUGGAGCACAAUGGACUCAGCUGAUUUGUGGAGCAGCUUCAUGGGGAAAAGCAGGUUGGCUUUGAUUUUCAGGCUCCUUUUUGUCUUGGUUAGCAGAGGAUUUACACAUUUUUCUGUGCAAAAAAAGCUCUAUGGUCUUUUUCUCCGCACUGCAGCAGAGAUGACAAGGUAUUAUGUUGCCCUGAUGGCCUCUGUCUUGACAUCCUCAGGAAUAUUUGGGAAGUGUAAAAGAGGUUGUGGCAAAUGGUCUGGAGUGACUUACAGUGGAAGUUUCAGUAAAAAAAGGCGAGGGAGCACCAAGCAAAAGUCUCUGCAGCACUAAAUGUGAGUUCUGUGUUUGCUGAGCCAUGUUUCUGUCACUCUGGGUCCCACAGGAUCCUGUGUGGUUGUGACAUUUUCCAGCAGCAAUAAUGAUCCCCUAUGCCAGUCCAGUGCCUUUGGCACUGCUCAGUGCAUUUAUUUCUGAAAGUGGGGGCUCCUGCCCAAAGGUGCUUUCACCCAGAAGCUCAGUGAGGUGGUCUCUGAUGGGUGAGAGGAGCCAGAGGGGUCAGAGAGCUCCUCAUGGCCCUGCCCACCUGGGGCAGAGGAGCAGCACAGGCAUCCCCAGGCACCCAGCAGCCUGGGCUGAGCUGAGCUCUGAGGGUGGGGGGUGGCUCUGGCACUCCCAGCAUGAGCUGAUGAGUGGGGACAUGGGCUUUUCAGAUUUGAACUGGGAGCCAGGUUGUCUCCAAGGCUUGUGAGACUUCACUAAGCUAUUCAACCAAGGUGUGAGCUGGGAAUUAGGAGCAGGUUCUCCUCUGCCUCUCCAGGAAAGACUCACAACUGGUUUCGAGUCCAGCUGGAAACAUUUUCCAGUCUCUGGUGAAGUCCAUCAGCCCAUCCACACAUCACUCAGUGGACAGGACAUGAUCUGCCCACCCCAUGGAGCCAGCACAGCUGCCAGCCAGCUGACCAGAGCAGAGCAAGGGUGACACUCACUGCUGGGUGACUUUGGCAGGAGAGAUGCUCAGCUCUUCUCCCAUGACCCGUGGUACCAAGCGUGGGCUUUGCCCUCUCAUUGCUCACCACCAGCUGUAAGAGCUGAGCAUUUAUCUCAGCCCCAUUACUGCCAAUCUCCCCCCUAUUAAUAAACCCAUAAUUCACAGGCAGAAAACAUCUUUUAUUGCAAUGGUGACAUUUAAAGCAAGGGAGGUAUUGGUUUUUGGUUUGGUUUUUUUGUUGUUGUUCUUGUUGUCGUUUUGGGGUGUUUUUUUUGGUUUUUUUGGUUUUUUUUUAAUUAGUUUCUUGUCAGUCAGCUUGUUUGCUCCAGCCUCUGCUCCACAUCUGUGAGUGCAGCCUUCUCCAUCCAACUGAGAGGGAAUUAUGUGUGCAAGAGGAGUCAGGGCUCCCUUCCCAGCUCACAUUGCUAGCACUGCUGUGCCUGCUGCACACCCAGCUGCCUGCCCGAGGAUGCUGCACCUGAAAGUCCAGUUCCUGGAUGAUUCCCAGAAGAUCUUUGUAGUUGAUCUUUAAAAAACCCAGCAAACAAACAAGAAAACCAAUCUCAAAUUCAAAAUGAGGCUUUCUAGAACUAAUUGCAAAAAUCCUGUGGGAAAGGGCUCUUCAACCUCACCUGCAGCCACCUCAACCUCGUGGAGAAGGAGUAUUUUGGGCUGGAGUUUCACAGCCAGGCUGGGAACCAGGUCUGGUUGGAGCCACUAAAACCCAUAACAAAGCAAGUGAAAAAUCCUAAGGAGGUUCUUUUCAAAUUUAUGGUGAAAUUUUUCCCAGUGGACCCCGGCCAACUGAGAGAAGAACUCACCAGGUACCUCUUCACCCUCCAGAUCAAGAAGGACCUGGCGCAGGGGCGGCUGCCCUGCAGCGACAAGAGCGCGGCGCUGCUCGUCUCCCACCUGCUGCAGUCCGAGCUGGGCGACUUCCACGAGGAGACAGACCAGCAGCACCUGGCCACGCACAGGUACCUGCCCAACCAGGAGUACCUGGACAACAAGAUCAUGCACUACCACCGGAGACACAGAGGGAAGACGCCGGCCGAGUCAGACGCUCAGCUGCUGGACGUGGCCAGGAAGCUGGAGAUGUACGGGAUCCGCCCGCACCCCGCCAGCGACGGCGAGGGGACACAGAUCAACCUGGCUGUGACACACACAGGGGUGCUGGUGCUGAGGGGCAAUACAAAGAUCAACACCUUCAACUGGUCCAAAAUUCGCAAACUGAGUUUCAAGAGGAAGCAUUUUCUCAUCAAGCUCCAUGCAAACAUCUCUGCGCUGUGCAAGGACACGCUGGAGUUCACCAUGCUCAGCCGGGACACCUGCAAGGCCUUCUGGAAGACGUGUGUGGAGUACCACGCCUUCUUCAGGCUCUCUGAGGAGCCCAAGUCAAAGCCCAAAGCCCUUCUGUGCAGCAAAGGUUCCAGCUUCCGCUACAGUGGCAGGACUCAGCGGCAGCUGCUGGAGCACAGCAGGAAGGCUAAGAUGAAGAGCCUGCCCUUCGAGAGGAAACACUACACAUCCCGCUACGAUGAGAGGCAGUGCCGCUCCUCCCCGGACCUCCUGACGGAUGUAUCAAAGCAGGUGGAGGAGCUGCGCCUGGCCUACGGCAGCCGGGGCUCCUACCAUGCCAACGGAGUGCACGGCUCCGAGCCCACCCUGGACAGCCGGCGCCGCAGCUCCACCAUGGAGGUGACGUUUGCUGCUGAGCUGGAGCGCUCCAAGCCCGAAGCAUUCCCCACCUUCCUGCCCCACUCCAAGAGCUCAUCUGCCUUCCCCGUGCUCUACGCUGAGCUGGAGAUGGAGCGGGCGUGGGAGCCCAUCGACCUGUUCGGAGCCAGGAAUCCCUUGACAUCCUUCCGGCCCCACCACCAGUUUGCUGGGAACAGUAAAAGCACCUCUGUGGGCAACAUGCGGGAGGUGAGUGCCCGGCAGCUGGUGUACACGGAUGUGCCCUGUCCCCUGCCCGUGGUGGCCCCGGCCCCCCCUGUGCUCUUCUAUCUGGACAGGGCGCUGCAGCCCCCAUGCCCUGCACUGGCCCCUGGCGAGGACACAGCAGGACUGGCUGGUGCCAGCGGUCCUGUGGCAGCAAAACCCCCUGGGCAGAGCCCGAGCGGGGCCCAGGCUGGGCAGCUCCAUGGCGAGGCUGCAGGCACGGCCACGGGCACGAGCAUGGCGGGGGAGAGCAGGUCACUGGCUCGCUCCUUCCAUUACGGCCUUCAGGAGCAGCCUCCCAAGCGGUCUUGGAGCCAGUCGGACAUGAAGACCAUCCGCUUCCCCUACGGCUCUGAGUUCAGGCCCCUGGGGCCGUGCCCUGCUCUCAGCAGUCGCAAAGGAGGUGUUUUUUGGCACGUCCCAGCCCAGCAAGGGCUGGCUCCAGGGCUGCGGCGCUGCCCCGAGCGCUACCUGGGCAGCAGCACCGAGUCCAGCGACUCGGACCCGGAGCUGCUGGCCGCCGAGCACUGCUCCCUGUACGGCCGCGUGCUGCGCUCGCCCAUGGCCCGCGUGCGGCUCUCCUCGGGCAGCCUCCAGCUGGAUGAGGAGGAUGAGGAGGUGUCCUUUGCCACCAGUGCUGCUGAAGAGAGGAUCUCCAGAGGGGCCUCCAAGUAUUUCACCUAGGUGCCUGACACGGGCCAGAGGGAGCAGAGGUGGCUGGUGCUGACCCAGGGUCAAAGAAUGGUGACACUCUUCGUUUGCAGGUCUGCUUACAGCUUAUGAAACAUUGAUGGGAUCGUGUUGUGUGAGUGCUCUUAGCUAUAGAGGAUGUGUUAAUGGACAUCAGGGGUGUGUUCAGAAGUUUUCAAGCCCUGCACCACACUUGGAAGCUGGUUUGUCUCUGCCCCACACUUUCAGAGGUGGGUCUUGCUUCAGCCAGAGAUCUCCUAAAGCCCUGCUAAGCUUCUAUGUCCUGCCCAAGCUGAUCUUGGAGCUCUGCUGCUGGAGUCUUCAUUGAGGGGGAGGGAGAGACUUCUCACAGAAUAAUUUCAGCUGCUGCUUUUCCCAGCUGCAGGGUGGCACACUGGAGGGAAGGGUGUUUCAGGCCCUUUUGGAAAGGAGCAAGAUCUUCAUGGGAGUCUGCUCUCAAGCUGAUGCUGUGUGGACAGGACAAAACCCCAGCAUAGAGCCCGUCUCCUCCCUCUCACCUCCCUCCAGUGCUGCAGGGAGUACCUGGCACUUGAAGACAAAGCUCUGUGUGUGGCUGUCUUCCCGUUGGCCAGUUCAGAGAUUAUCCUUCUCCAGAAAUAUCUCAGGAGUGCUUGUCAAGCUUUAGAAGCACCCCAUGGUGAGCACUGGGAAGUGGGUUCACACUCUCUAACUGUGCUUUGCUUAGUCACAUCAGCCAUCAACUCCCAGUACCUCCAUGCUCUGCUUAAAUCUGAGGGAGAGAGAUAUGUAAGGGGGUUCUUUGGGGUCCUUUGCUUCCCCAGAUCAGCCCUCAGUUAAACAGCAUGGGAAAAAAAGAUUUCAAGAGCAGGUAGGAAUGGAACAAGCAGCUUCUUGGAAGAACUUUUAUUUUAAAAACUGCUGCCCUAAACGUACAUGAACUCUACUCGUAAAUCUUGAGAAUGAUGACACCUCCAUAAGAUUUUAGUGGGGGGAUCUUGAAAAUUUUCUUUAAGAACAAUGCUUUAAGUCUUUGUAGGACAUGAUUUUAAGCAGGGAGACAGCCCAGAAAAGCCAUGGCAGAGAACCACUGCAGCCUGCUAGAAGGAUUUCAGAAAUGAAGAAAGAAGUGGGCUUAUGGGUCCUGCUCACUCUGCAUGUUGCUGUCCUUUGGUUUGGGAGGUGGACAAUAAAAAACAGUUGUUCACACUGGAGUUUUGAGUUCCUCCUUCUGCCCUGUGAAAUCUGCAUGCCCAGUCCUGCAGGCACCCCCCAGCACACCUUGCCCU